GUGGGUGUUAGUAUAACCGUAUAAACUGCUUAACAAGUUGACCAAUACAUAUAUAGGUCAACGGUCAUUAACUAUUCAGUCAAUUUGUUUGGUACGCUAAUGUUCUUACUUUCUUGGAUGAUCAGUAUAUAAUCUCUGACACUGAUCAUAUCGAGUAUCCUUCAUGGUAUGAAACAUUCUAGUUUACUCGACAUAAUAAUAUGGUACAGGAGAUAAAACUAAAAGUCGGAAUGCACUGUCAAAAGUGCAGGACGGAGGUGAUGAAGGCGGUCACAAAACUACCCGGAGUUGAUGAAGUAUCAGUGGAUUUAGAGAAGGAAAUGUUAGUUGUGAUUGGAGAUGUUGAUCCCGUUGGUGUUGCAACUUGUUUGAGGAAGAAAAAAAGGGUCGCGGAUAUAGUAAAUGUUGGUCCUCGCAAGAACAAAGAAUCGGGUGUUGUGAAAAAGGAUGUCUUAGAACCUAAUCAUACUAGAGUUAUAUAUCCUUAUGCUCCGUAUGAUACUGGCUAUCAACAAAUUGUAUACGGAUAUCCACCAUAUUAUGAUGUUGGAAGCUGCAACAUUGUUUAGAUAUAUGAUUUUCAAUCAUACCUAGUGUAACGAUGUAAUUUCCAUUGUAUGUUUCAGAAGUUCUUAAUCAUACUAUC